AUGUUAAAAUUUUUUAUAUUCAUUUUACACAUAUAUUUAUACAUCGAUUCAAUAUAUGCAUCAGAAGUAAGCAAACAUUUAAAUCAUGAGAAAGAUGAAUUGAAAUAUGCUAGUCCAACGUUUGAUCCCAAGAAAGGUACAAAGGUUAUUUUUUAUAUGCCAGGAAAUGAAAAAGGUGUUAUACCGAAUAAUGUACAAAAUGGACAACAUGGAACCCAAACAAAUUCUUCUAUAGAAUAUCCUGGGAGUGAAAUGAAGAAUGGAAAAACAGGAACAGCUAAUUCUGAAAUAUAUAAUAAAUCCCAUGGAUCUUCUAAUGAUAAUAAUGCAAAUAAUUCUCAAAAUAAAAGCAUAAAUUUACAUAUAGAUGGAAAUAAUUCAAAUAAUAGUAAUUCUAAUAAUUAUGAUUUAAACAGUGAAUAUGAAAAAAUUAGAAGAAAAGAAGAAGAAGCUGCAAGAAGAAUAGCAAGGGAAAGAAGGGCAGAUAUAAAUAGAAGAAAUGAAGGUAAUAAUUCUAACCAACAUAAUAAUCAACAAUAUGGAGGAUAUGAAUCUGGUGCAAAUACACCCAAUAGUAGAGUAAAUAUAAAUAUAACAAAUAAUGGACCACAUAGAAAUCCACAUAAUACUAACAUUGAUGGUCACAAUAAUAAUAUGUAUAAUACAAGUAAUGGUGAUUAUACUAAUGGUGGUUAUUCUAAUGGUGAUUAUACUAAUGGUGGUUAUUCUAAUGGUGAUUAUACUAAUGGUGGUUAUUCUAAUGGUGAUUAUAAUAAUGGUGGUUAUAAUAAUGGUGGUUAUUCUAAUGGUGGUUAUUCUAAUGGUGGUUAUUCUAAUGGUGAUUAUGUUAAAGGUGGUUAUACUAAUGGUGAUUCUUCCAAUGGUGAUUAUACCUACGGUGAUUAUAAUAAUGGUGAUUAUAAUAAUGGAGAUUAUACUAAUGGUAUAAAUAAUAAUAUGCAUGGUAAAAAUAAUUAUAAUAGAGCUAAUGGGGAAUCUGUUAAUGGAGCUUAUGAUGGAUUGAAUAAUGGAUCAUAUAAGUUAAUUGGUAAUUUCAAUAAUAACCAAAAUGUAGAUAAUUCUUAUAAUCAAAAUAAUGAAAAUGAUAAAUUACACACAUCAAAUUACAAUAUAAAUCUUCAAGAUAAUCAAAAUUUUCCAUAUAAUAACCCAAAUAAUAUAUCAACCUUUAACACAAAUAUCGAUUCAAGUAAAUCGGAAAGACCAUAUUUUGAUGUGUAUGGAAGAGAAUAUGAUGAUAAUAAAUAUACUCCAUAUAAUAGAACAAAUAAUAUAAACACAAAUCAAAAUGGAUCAACAAAUAACGGAACAAAUAAUUAUAACACAAAUCAAAAUGAAUCAACAAAUAACGGAACAAAUAAUUAUAACACAAAUCAAAAUGGAUCAACAAAUAAUGGAACAAAUAAUUUCAACAAUAAUCAAAAUGGAUCAACAAAUAACGGAACAAAUAAUUAUAACAUAAAUCAAAAUGGAUCAACAAAUAACGGAACAAAUAAUUUCAACAAUAAUCAAAAUGGAUCAUCAAUGUAUGGAUCUAAUAGCAAAGGAACAUAUGGACCUAACGGAACUCCUUAUUAUGUGGAACAUCCAGAAUAUGAUAAUGGAAAAUAUAUGCCUGACUUUCAUGUAAGAGAUUCCAAGGAUUCCAUAGGACCUGGAGGGGAUUACCAUAAUUUGUAUCAAAACACAUAUGGAAAUGAAAAGAAUCCAAAUAUUUUUCCAGGAAGUCCUCAUAAUAUAAAUGUAUAUUCUGUUCACCAUAAACCAGAUAAUGUUGCAAAUGGUGGUUUAAAUAAUGGUAUGAAUAAUACUAUGAAUAAUGGUAUGAAUUAUGGAAUGAAUAAUGGUUUAAAUAAUGGUUUAAAUAAUGGUAUGAAUUAUGGUAUGAAUAAUUCAGGAAGAAAUGGAUUAAAUAAUGCACAUACUUCUAAUGAUAUACAUAAUAAUGGAACCGAAUAUAAUGUACACUAUGGAAACAGUGAUUCUAAUAAUACGAAUGAAAGUGUACAAAAUGAAAAUGAUUAUAGUGAUAGUGACUAUGAUGAUCAUAACUCAGGGAACAAAAAGAAAGUAUAUAAAAGUGUAUCCGAAAGGAAUAGAAAAUCUGCUUCUCAAGAUGGUUCAGCAUUAGGAUAUAGUGACAGCGAUAGUGAUAGUGAAUACGAAGUAGUAAAUGGAGAAAAUAAAAAAUACAGAAAUAAGUAUAAGGGAAAUAAUGAAAAAGAUAAAUAUGAAAAUAAUUGGGAUUCCGAUAAUUAUAAUUCUGAUAAUGAAAUUAAAGAUGGUUAUUUAAGUGAAUCUGAAAGAGAAUAUGCAAGAAAAAAAGCGAAUGAAAUUGAAGAUAAAAUGAAUAAAGGGGAAUAUUCAAGAAAAUAUAAAAGUGGUAAAUCGAAUGCAUCCGGAUAUGAUACAACACAAACAUCCGAUUCGGAUGAUUCUGAUAUUGAAGCAAAUGCGUUUUAUGUAGAUAAUGGACAAGAAAUGUUAAUAAAAGAAAAAGAACAUUAUUCAAGUGAUUCAGAAUAUCAUAAUGAAGAAUCUGCUUCUAUUGGAAAUUUAAAUGUACAUUUCCCUGCUGAAAAUUAUCAUUUUUCAACGUAUAUGGGAUUUGAUAGAAGAUCGUUUUUACCAUCCAAUGAAAUUGAAUUAGAAAAAAUGAUUGGAGCAAACUUUUCAAAUGAAGUCAAAAAUUAUUGUAGCCGUCACAAUGUUGCACAAAAAAAAGGAAGCUAUCUUGAUAUAUCAUUUGAAUAUUCUAGAGCAUUAGAAGAAUUAAGAUCUGAAAUGCUCAUAGAUUUUAAUAAACGUAAACAUUUAACAAAUAAUACUGAUGACACCAUUUUACACAUGAUAGAAAAUUCAGAGAAAAGAAAAAAUGAUCCUAAUUAUAAAGAAACAUAUGAAGAUAAAGAUUAUGCUAAUAAUGCUAAUAUCUUUAUGAAUGAAUAUAGUAAUCCAUUAAGUGCAAAAUAUAAUAAAAUAUUAAAAGAAUAUCUUUGCCAUUUAUUUGUUAAUAAUCCAGGUACUAAACCAUUAGAGAGAUUGUAUUAUAACAGUUUAGCAUUAGGAGAACUUGUUGAGCCAAUUAGAAAUAAAUUUAAAAAUUUAGCAUCAUCUACAAUUGAUUUUAAUUAUGAAAUCCAUAUGGCAUCGGCAUCUAAUAUAUAUUUACUUGCACAUUUCUUAGUAUUAUCUUUGGCAUAUCUUUCAUAUAAUGAAUAUUUCACGAAAGGAACCAAAUCAUUUUAUUCAUUACCAACCAUACUUACAGCUAAUUCUGAUAAUAGUUUUUUCAUGUUAAAUGAAAUGUGUAAUAUUCAUUAUAAUCCCAAUAAAAAUUUUAAAAAAGACAUAACGUUUAUACCUAUUGAAUCAAGGCCUAAAAGAUUUACAACAUUUUAUGGUGAGAGAAGAUUAACAUGUGAUUUAUUAGAAUUAGUAUUAAAUGCUAUUAUGUUAAUUAAUGUUAAUGAAAUAAACAAUGUAUUUUCUAAUAAUAAUGUAGAUGGAUAUGAAAAUUCCUUAUCGUUUUCACAUAAUGCUAUUAGAAUAUUUUCCAAAGUAUGUCCUAAAAUUAAUAAUGAUAAUGUAUUAAGAUGUGAAUUUGAGGAAUCAAGUUUAUAUAAUCCUAAAAUUAUUAAGAAUGAUACGUCAGAAAAAUCGAGUCAAAAGAACUUAAAGAAAGCAUUUGAUUUAUUAAGAACUUAUGCUGAAAUAGAAAGCAAUACAGCUGAAGGUAACACAAGUCCAUAUUAUGUAAGUCUUAUAUUAGAUGAUAUGAAAUAUAAUGAUUUCUAUAAAUAUACCCUUUGGUAUGAACCUAGAGAAUUAAUAUAUGGAGAUCUGAAAGGUAUGAGAAUGAAGAAAAAGAAGAAUACAAAAUAUAUAUAUAACGAUUUUAUAAAAAAAAGUACCAAAUUAAAAAAGAAUUUAAUAAAAAAUGAUUUAAAAUAUAAUUUAAAAAGUAAAGGAUUAGUAUUUUUAUAUGCAAUGAUUGAUAAAUAUGGAAGUAUAUUAAAUAAAAGUCAAAAGACAAAAAUUCAAUUUUUAAAUAAUACUUCAUCUAUACGUUAUUAUUUAUAUUUAAACAAAGUAAUAUUCAAAUCAGCUAAAACGUAUUUAGAAAUUAUGAAAAGAGUAUUAGAAGAAUUACAAACGUCUACUAAUACUCCAAUGAAAUUUCUUGUUAGAGGAAAUUAUAUAGACAAUUUAAAUAAUAUUGCUAGAAAUGAUAAUAUGUUUUAUGCAAACUUAUUUGUAUUAACAGCAUUAUCUAGAAGGGAUCCAGUAAAAGAUUAUUAUAGUGAUAAAAGGAAAAUGUUGUCUGCAACAUUAUCUGAGAAAUUUGCUAAUUCUACAUCUAUGUUAAUACCUCACAAACUUAGAAAAUUAGUUGUAUCUAUGAAGAAGGGAUUUUUAAAAAAGAAAUUACUUACAUCAUUAGCAAAGAUAAAAUUAUUACAACAUAUACCUGCACACAUGUUAGAAAAUAUAACAACAAGUAUACGUUUCACAACACAUACAAUAGCAACUAUGCAAAUUAUGCAAAACGCUAAAUAUAUGUCUAAGAACAAUUACUCUCAGUAUGAUAGUAAGGGUAUGUUAGCUAGACAAAUAUUCACAAAUGGUGGUUUCGCAGAAUAUGCAGAUAAUUUAAUGGCCAAAUGGUUUUCUAAAGGUUUUGAAGAAUAUAAAAGAGAACAAAUUGAAAAUUUCAAAUUGGAAAAUUCGAUCGAUUCUGAAUUAAGAGAUUCCGAAAGGGUUGAUGAAAAUGAUACAUCAGAAGAAAGUGCCAAGAAGAAAUUAAAAGAUCUUCAAUUAGAAGAAAGAGAAAAAAUGAAAAAAGAAAAUAGUUUAUUAUUUAAUCAAAGUGAUAAAUGGGAUCAAUUUAUAAAUAAGGAACUUGUUAGAGCAUUAGGUUUAUGGUUAGAAUUUAAUGAUAAUCCAACUAAUGCAUCAUCGUUUGUUUAUAAAUUAGUACAAGAUAGUAAAUAUUUAUUAGAAAAUAACCUAGAUAAUAAUAUUAUCUUUUCUAGAACAGUACAACCAACUAAACAAACCGCUUUUAGAAGAUUCUUUAAUAAAUUAUUAUCUCUUGGAAAUAUGCUUUUAAGAAAACCUAGUUUUAAAGUAGAACAUGCAUUAUGGUUUGGUGCAACUAUAGAUAUAAAAAAAGCAUUUAUAUUAUUAGAAAAAGUAAGUGAAUUACAUAAAAUGUUAAAUAAUCAUGAUGAAUCCUGGUUAAUUAAUGAAGCAUUUAUAGAAAUUGUUGAUCAUGUGGUAGAUUUAAGUACAUAUAAACAUGUAAGAGAACCAUUUGGUGUAGCAAGAAAUCCUGGAAUGAUGGCAAUAAAUCCUAAAUAUGCAGAAUUAUCUCAUGAAAAUAGACUUAGAGAAUUACAAAAUUCUAUGUGUGCUGAUCAUUGUUCUUCUGUAUGGAAAGUUAUAUCUUCUUUUGCAUUACACCAUUUAAAGAAUCCUGAUAGCUUACAUACAUAUGAAAGUAAGUUUUCUAAAAAUUCUUUUGGUAACAAAAUUGAUGAUAAAGAUUUUGUUCAUAAUUUUAAGAUGAUACUAGGAGGAGAUGCAGCUUUACAUUAUUUUGAUAAUUUAUUACCAAAAACAAUGAAAAAAGAUUUGAAAGCAAUGAAAUAUGGUGUAUCAUUAACAUCUGCAUUUUCACUCAAAUUAACUAAAAUAAUUUUCAGUCAAAUGCAAUUACCUUACUUAAGUCAAAUGUUUUAUAUGCAAGCUCCAUAUUUUGGUCAUUUUAUAGGAAAAUGGCAAAAAAAAAGACAACAAAGCAGACUUAAAGAAAUCAUGUCUUUUAUGACUCUUGGUAGUUUAUCUGCUUAUACACUUUUUAGUGCUAUGGAUAUAACACAACAAGCUAAAGAUAUAGGUACAGGACCAGUAGCUACCUGUUUUGCAACUAGAACGACUCCUCCACAACAAAUAUGUUUAAAUUCAGUUCUUAGUACCACAUUAACUAAUUCUACUCAAUCAGCUAUGAAAUGUGUUUUCUCUGUUGGUCUCUUCGCAUCUAUAGGACCAUACUUAUUUGCUCCUAUGGCAGGUCUAGCUGUAUGGAAAAUCUUAAAAUCUGAAUUCAAAGUUUUACAAAGAAUAGAUAUGGCAUUAAAAAAUGUUUUCAAAAAUAUGUGGAAUAAAUUCUUAUCCCUAAAAGGAAUUAGUAAAUUAAGAGGUAUCUUUAAGAGAAAGAAAGUCAUGAAAAAGAAAAUUAUAGAAAAUGCCACUCGUAAAAUGAAUGAAAUGAAGAACAACCCAGAAAAGGCCAAGGCUCAUCAAAUGGCCCUAAAAAAAAAUAAUAACUAUUCUAAAGGAACCUACCAUUAUAUAUCAUACGCAAAAAUAAAAAUAUAA